AAAUCCAAAUUUUUAAAUCUGGAUGCAUACUAUCCACAACAAAUACAAGUAACAAAUAUGUCCGAAUAUUAAAUCCAAAAUACACACCAUAAGUAUAUUAAAAUAUGGAGGCACCACAAUAUAAUAGAUUUGAAUUGCCUAUAGUUGAAAAUCAAUGCAAUUAUCCGCAAUCACAUGAAUGACAUGUAUUUGUGAGAAAUAAGUAUUGUUUUAAAAGGAGAAAGAAGACAAUUUUUCAAACAUAAAAAAUUCAGAGGAUCAAUUUUGUGAGUGAAAUGCAGGAUCUGCAGGAAAAAGGUAACUCCUCUAUAUCUAUCUCCCUCUUCCUCAAUGAAAAGAUUAGAAGAAAGUACCUGCCAAAGACAGCUGACAUAGAGAGAAUCCCAUAUCACAAAAAUAUUUUCAAGCAAACUUCAAGGAAAUGAAACAAGUUUGUAUGCUCAGAAUAAGGGGACUGGUUAGGAUAUGGUCCCCCAGUGGAUUACUAUGAUAUAAACGAAGAAUGAAUUGCUAGUUUAAUGGAUGACUGAGAUUUGGGACUUGCUUUAAGGAAAACUGAUUUGGUUGGUAUUUAGUCCGUGUGAAUUUUUUUUAUCAAUAACCUUCAACUGAAUUAUAGAUGUGGUUUACCAUUUGAAACCUGCUGUUGGGGUUUCUUUGACCAUGUAUCGUGCCAAAUGCAACAUACACUUGUUUAUAUGCCACAGGUGAUAUUGAACUGAUAAGAGAAAUAUGACUCCUUCUCUCGAAGCUCUGGUUUUGAUUCAGAAGAUGGUGAAAGUUCCUCCAGGAAAAGCAUUCUCAUUCUUCAUUUCCUCAACAUGUCAAAGCUUUCAACACACCUCCCAAUCCGUGUCGUUCAUUUUAAAUCAUCUCCUCUCCUCUGGCAUGCAAACCCAAGCUCAAUCUGUACUUGUGCGCAUAAUUUCAGGUCAAAUCUCGUCGUCUAUGUUCUCUACUUCUUCACUUAUGAACCAACUCACACAAACCCAUUUCACCUCUAGUUCAACCUGUCGUCUUCUCUAUGAAUCAAUUGUUAAUGCUUAUGUUCAUUCUCAAUCACCUGAUGAAGCCCUCCAUUUCUUGCACCAGAUGAUUCACAUGGGCCAUGCUCCUAUAUCAAACACAUUCAACAAUCUUUUGAACUUGCUUAUCAGAUCGAACUGUUUUGACAAAGCAUGGUUAGUUUUCAAUGAGUUAAAGAACAAAGUUGUGCUAGAUGUUUACAGUUUUGGGAUCAUGAUCAAGGGUUGUUGCGAAGCCGGUGACCUGAUGAAAAGUUUUCAGCUUCUUGCUAUGAUGGAAGAGACGGGUUUGUCUCCUAAUGUUGUCAUAUACACUACACUAAUUGACGGUUGUUGCAAGAAUGGUGAUGUUCAUUUAGCGAAGAAGUUGUUUUGCAAGAUGGAACGAUUAAAUUUAGUCGCCAAUCAGCAUACUUACAGCGUAUUAAUAAAUGGGUUUUUCAAACAAGACCUUCAAAAGGAAGGAUUUCAAAUGUAUGAAAACAUGAAGCAAAGUGGAAUUGUGCCUAAUGUGUAUACUUACAGUUGUGUGAUUGGUGAAUAUUGCAAUGAUGGGAACAUAGAUAAAGCUUUUAAUGUGUUUGAAGAAAUGCGUGAAAAAGGUAUAGCAUGUAGUAUUAUGACAUACAACCUUCUGAUAAACGGGUUGUGUCAAACGAAGAAGCUUGGAGAAGCGGUAAAGUUGGUGUAUCGUGUUAACCGUAUUGGCCUAAGGCCUAACAUAUUUACAUAUAACACAUUGAUCAAAGGUUAUUGUGAUGUUGGAAAGAUCGACACUGCUGUUAGAUUAUAUAAUGAAUUGAAGUCAAACGGACUAUCGCCAACGGUUGUGACAUAUAAUACUCUGAUCGCAGGAUACUCGAAAGUUGGAAAUUUAGUGGGAGCUCUUAAUGUUGUCAAGGAAAUGGAAGAGAGAAACAUUCCUCCUACCAAAGUGACAUAUACAACUCUACUUAAUGGGUUUGUAAGAAUAAAUUAUAUGGAAAAAGCAUUUGAAAUACAUUCUCUAAUGGAGAAAUCUGGUUUGGUUUCAGAUGUUUACACUUAUGGUGUACUAAUACAUGGGUUGUGUAUGAGUGGUAGCAUGAAAGAAGCAUCUAAACUUUUUAAAUCAUUGGAUGAAAUAAACUUGGAACCAAGUAGUGUCAUAUAUGAUAUAAUGAUUCAUGGUUAUUGCAAAGAAGGAAGCUCUUAUAGGGCUCUUAGGUUACUCAAAGAAAUGAUUGGGAAAGGAAUGGUUCCAAAUGUGGCAAGUUUUUGUUCAACCAUUGGACUUCUUUGCAAGGAUGAAAAAUUGAAGGAAGCUGAGAUUGUUUUACAACAUAUGGUAAAUUUGGGACUAAAGCCAUCAACAUCUUUGUACAAUAUGGUUCACAAAAAUAAAGGUGAUGCUUUGGAUGUUGAUCUUGAAAGUGUAAUAUAAUCUGUAAUUCAUAGUUUUACUCUAUUUAAUUCAUACAAUCCUGUUCUUGUUUUUCUAUUCACAAGAGCUUUAAAUGGUGAACUAGGAGAUUCUAAAUGGCCUUGAGGAGAAUUGAACUCUUGCCCUAAAGUUGUUAUGAAGACAAAGUCUUAGGUGUGAGCUGAUAGGUCAUAUAUCAACAUUUAAGAUUUUGAAGAAACAAAUUAAUACUUAAAAGAUAUCUCAAGUCA